UUUUCCGUCUUCGCGUGCUUUAUUCCAUUGGGGGUUGGGAAUACCCUUUUCUCUGUUUUUACAAGGCUCUCUCUCUCUCUCUCUCUCUCUCGAAGCAUCUAUUUGCUGUUGCUUGAAAUGGCAGCAAGACACCGUAUUCAUAGAGAACCAUUGAGUGCCAGAAGGGGGUACCCACACGAAGGGCCUUAUGCUCGUGGGCCUCCUCCGAUGCCGCGCCCACCGCCAAUUCCUCCUCAUCCUGCUGUGUUGGAAGAGGAACUUGAAUUACAGCAUGCUGAAAUACGCAGGCUUGUUGCAGAUAAUAGAAGGCUGAUUGAUGACCGAAUGGCGUUGCAACGAGACCUUGCAGCUGCCAAGGAGGAGCUUCAUCGCAUGAAUAUUGCCAUUGGUGACAUUCGUGCCGAACAUGAGGUGCAUUCGAGGGAGCUUAUUGAAAAAGGAAUGAAGCUGGAGGCUGACCUAAGGGCAACUGAGCCCUUGAAGAGUGAAGUUAUACAACUUCGAUCUGAAGUUCAGAAACUCAAUAAUCUCAAACAAGAGCUUACAGGGAAGGUUCAGACACUUACGCAAGAUGUUUCUAGGUUACAAGCUGAUAGUCAACAAAUUCCCAUGAUGAGGGCUGAGAUAGAUGGCCUGCACCAAGAGCUAAUGCGUGCCAGAACCAUGGUGGAUUAUGAAAAGAAGGCAAAUAUAGAGUUCAUGGAACAGAGGCAGUCAAUGGAGAAAAAUUUAGUUUCUAUGGCUCGGGAAGUUGAGAAAUUACGUGCUGAGCUUGCUAGUGUUGAUGGCAGACGUUGGGGAGCUGGUGGGCCUUAUGGAACAAAGUUUGGUAGCCCAGAGGGCAGUUUUCCUGCUCCAUAUGCAGAUGGAUAUGGUGUUCACUUGGGUGCUGCAGAAAAAGGUCCUUUGUAUGGGGCAGGUGCUGCUUCAAGGAAGGGACACGAGAAGCCUCGCUUGAAUCGUCGUUGAAAUUCAUGUGAUUGCUGUUGAUGAUGAAGAAAGGCUUGCCAUCUCUUUGGCUUUCUGUUAGCAGAAUAGCUGAGAUUGAGUUUGAUGUCCUUCUGUGUAUGCAUGCCACACCAAUGGUUAUUUUAUCUGGAACUCUGGAUAAAUCAUUAGUCCUAAGCUGGCAUAUGUAGGUUUUAGCUUUAGUUUGCUUCUUUUUGUAGAGAAAACAUUGCUGCAGUAUCUCUAAGUUUAGUAUGAUGGAAUUCUUCAAUUUAUCUUCUAUUGAUACAUAUUUUGUGUUUCAUAUUAUUAUUUUUGUGUUUUUGGCUGGGUAUUGUUAUUAGCCUUUCUUCUGGGUAUAAACACGUUUCUAUUGAUCAUGGGCUGGAAUGCAGCAUUGCAACAUUGAGGUUUUGAAACUCCCAUGUGGCAUGUGCUGAAUCAUGUGGGCUGAAGUUAAUAUAAAAUGGGUUUGUCAGGCUAGCUCUAUUAGAAGUCUUUGUAUAGAUAUUUUGCUUCUCAUGUUGCUGUUUUUGCUUCUUGUUGAACUCCUAGCAAUAUGUUAAAUGAGUGGUGUUGUUAAAUACAUUCAUGUCAAGGAUUAUGGAUGUGAACAGAUAAUUGCUACUUUGUCAGAGGAGUGACCACAUGUAGAAGAAUUUGGGAGCACAAUUUGUUAUAGGUUAUAUUUCAUGGUUUACUAAAAUGAACAGAAUGAGAAGUUUCAUUUUUCCUGAAAUUAGAGCAUUUUUAAUUUGGGAUAGAAUGAUAGCUUUAAGUUUGUAACUUUACUUAAGAUUGGACAAACUUUGCCCAGAAGUGUUGAAAAUGUUGGUGGUCUGGUGGAUUUCUUUUAGCAAUAGCCAGGGUGCUUCUGCAACUGGUAAAGGAUAUAUUGUGCACAAAGUAUUGGGAAUAUAAAUUAGUGAAUGUGACUUAUGUUGUCCAUCACUUCUGGGGUGUAUGAAUAUAUAUUAUGCCAGUUUGUCAGGAUUAAGUUGCAAGCUCUCAAUGAUGCGUGGGGUUGAUUUGGUUUCAUUUGCCAGAAAAGAUGCUUAUAUUGAAGGUGGCUGUACUUCCUUUUGGAGCCAAUAAGGUACCUACACAACAUAUUCAAGUUUGGAAAUAUUCAAGCAUUCUUUCUUCCAUAUUUUAUCUGGCAAGUUUCUGGCUGUAACUACUUUUUGCUGGCAUGGAUGGUGGCUGGUGCAGUCUUCUGCCUUUGUGUUGAAGUGGCAUUAUGGAUGAUGCAAUUGCAUUGUAAGUUGUAACAACUUGUAGGGUUUCCUGUUGAGAUAGUCUGGCAUUGUGUAACUUUUGUUGAUUGGAAAACCACAAGUCCCACAACUUUGGAUGGACUGGAAUCUGGAUACAGAUUCAGAAGUAUUGUGCGCCAUUAUUUAGUCGUGCUCUGAAAAACUUGUUUUGUUCCAGUAUUUCAGGUCCUCUAAAUUGGUAAAUUCUAUAUAGAGAUUGGUAUCAAUUAAAAAGGGAAGCCCAAUACCUGGUGUGGUCUGGGGAGGGUAGAUGUACACAGCCUUACAUUCAUUAGCAGAGGUUGUUUCCCAGACUUGAACCUUUGACCUUUAAGUCACAAGAUAGCAACCUUACAAUUGCGCCAAGGCUCACCCUUAGAUUGGUAUCAAUUAAGUGCUGUUUUAUAUGAGAAGAGGAGUUCAUCAAACUGUUAUAUUUGCCUGGCAAGAUGGUAGUGCUAUAGGUAUUGCUCUUGCAAACAGUUCACUUAAAGUGCACCAGGAAUUUUUUGAUCUGAAUAUAAAGAUAGGAUGAGAUAUUAAUUAGCUUACAAAUCUUCCUAGCCCAGGAUUUAAAGGUGAUGAUAUCAGUUUUAUACCGUUUCAAUCGUGAAAGGAUUAACUGUCUGGUAGUGUUGCAUCUCAUACCAUCACAAAAGUUUCUCGUUCUUUAUAUUGGUUGAGGUGCUGAAAUCUCACUGAUCAAGGUCCUCCUCAUGAUAUGUAAGAUUCACAUUUGUUGCAAGAUUCACCAUGGAAUAUCUGAAGAGAAGGCCUUGGGCCUGCAGGAUGUCUGAAGGGGGAUGUUAUCUGGUUUAUAAUAUUUUUAAUCUUCAUAGGGAGGAUUAACUGGCUGGUAGUGUUGAAUCUCAUGUCAUUUGCAAACUUUCUUCUUUAUAUUGGUUGAAGAACUGGAAUUUCAUCUACUGAGGUCCUCCAUUAUAUGCAAGAUUCUUGUACGUUGCUACGUUCACUGUGGAAUGUCUGAAGAGAAGGCUCUGGGCCUGCGGUAUGUCUGAAGGCCAGCUGUCGAUCUGAAGCUCAUAGAUGAAAAGCUGGGAACUGUAUUCGGGGCUGAGAAGUGAGGAAAAACCCAAUAUACAUCUUUUAACCAUAUUUGGUUGUGAGAUUUUGAGGAACACAGGUUGGUUCUUUAUUGUGUCAAAAUGCAAAAAUCGAUUGAAGUUUAUUAUGGGCUGGAGAACAGUCGGUCGCUGGUGGAGGGGCUGUGAUGGAUCAAGAUAAUAAACAUAUUAGCCUGCCUUUGUUGUGUUGGAUCAUUAUUUUGUGUGAUUGGUGGUAAGCAUGAAUUGGUUCAAACAUAGAAAUGUUGAGACUUUAGUUUUGCCUGAUGGAUCAUGAGUGCUUGCUUGUGUUUGUGAAAGAAGGGAUGCCUAUUGUUUAGUGCAGGCCUCAAAAUUAGAUUGAUUUUACAGAUACACUCCCUGUUUGUUUGAAGUUGGGUAGGCCAAAUGAGGUUUCUUUUUACACUUGUUUUCCCCGUCGUUAGAUUUGGCUUUAAAAUAUGGUCAUGAUAAAUUUUUAUUUUUUUUUGCACGCACCAUUUAGAAUUAUGUUUGAUGUUGAAUUAUAUGUUUAGAACAGUAUCGAUGUGAACCAACAUCGCGGAGAAUUCGGGAUGAAUUUAUCCAAUAUUACUCAAAUAAACGGCAGAUGACUCGAG